AUGCAAUACGUGCUCAAUCUGCUGACCCCGUUUGCUCGAAUGAACGCGUUCCAGGAAAUCGUAUGGUUUAUAAGUCCGCAUCAACGUUUGGACCAGGUGGACGAGUUCAUCCGGCGGAUAGACGAGGCUUUUGGCAAGACCGCUACACAGACGGUAGUGAAUAACAAUACGGAAAUGCGAAUGAUUCACUCAUCGGCUCGAAGGAACCACAUGAGCUUUGUGUUCACCACUGGCGCAGAUGACCCAAUAUUGACGGUUUUCAAUAAGGUACUACUUGGACGCCACUUCUACUUUUCGAUGAUAAUGUAUGUGUACAAAGUUGGUGACAUGCAGCCGAUUCACGAACUACUGGUCUUUGCCUACAAGCAGCAGUUCGUCAACUCUAUGGUUUACUUUGAGACAAUGGAGGGCUUCAACCAGCUCUUCGGUGUAUCCAAAUUUCCCUCAAUGACUAUCGAGAACCGCACAGACUUUUUAAGGUUCUUUGGAAAUGCUAUGAAAAAGGUUUUAAGUGCAAGGUCGGAUGUGGAGGGAUUCGGAUUUAGCACCCCCUUACGCCAGGACCUUCCACAUCUGUUCCGAUCGCAAGGACGUUACCAUGGAAGUACCUUUCGGAUAAUCGAUACAUUUGUGAAAUUUAUUAAUGGCAGUUUUUCGGAGCUCCUAAUGCCACCAGAUGCCCUCGGUGGGCAGGUGAUUAAUAUGAAGGAGGCCCUGCAGUUGGUGCGUGAACGGAAGAUGGAGUUCUGUGCCCAUGCCUACGCCUUAUUCAUGCCCAAUGAUGAACUGGAGAAGACGUAUCCGCUGCUGGUGGUUCAGUGGUGUCUAAUGGUUCCCCUCUACAACAGUGUGUCCACGUAUUUCUACCCACUUCAGCCUUUCGCCUGGAACGUGUGGUUCUGUGUGGUGGGAGCUCUUCUGGCCCUGGUUCUUCUGGAGUUGAUGUGGCUAAGGAUGUUCGAAAGAUGGCCAGGCUACCAAGGCGCCCUUCUAGACUCCUUUUGUUAUAUCAUUAACGUAGCUACCGAGGGACAGUUGCAACAGCCCUGCCUUCUUCGGUUUCUCCUUCUUGCCACAGUGUUCUUCCAUGGGUUUUUCCUUUCCGCCUACUACACCUCCAAUUUGGGCAGCAUUCUGACCGUGAAUCUGUUCCACGCCCAGAUCAACUCCAUGGAUGACAUAGUGAGUGCUAAGUUGCCCGUCAUGAUCAUUGACUACGAGAUGGAAUUCCUGCUAAGUCUGAACAAGGAGUUACCCGAAGACUUCCUUCAACUUCUGCGACCCGUGGAUGCAGCCGUUUUCUCGGAGCACCAGACUAAAUUCAACAGCUCCUUCGCCUAUUUCGUCACCGAGGACCACUGGCAGUUCCUCGACGAACAGCAGCAACACUUGAAGCAGCGGCUAUUUAAACUAAGUGGGAUCUGCUUUGGUUCCUAUCACCUGGCCUUUCCUUUGCAGAUGGAUUCGACCUUGUGGCGGGACAUCGAGUACUUCACGUUCCGCAUCCACUCCUCCGGUCUGCUCAGCUUCUAUGCCCGCAGUAGCUUUGCUUCUGCUCUGCAUGCCGGUCUGGUUCAGCGAUUGCCUGAGAAUCGGGAGUACACAUCCGCCGGACUGCAGCACUUGGCCAUUGCUUUUAUUUUACUGUUGGUCAUGAGUGUCUUGGCAGGGAUUGUAUUUGCUUUGGAAAUUAUUUCUAGGGGAACUGCGAGAACUCUGUUUUAUUACCAAUGA